GCGCUAAGGUCCAUAAUAUUCGAACUAUUAGCAUCAACGCGGCCGGUCCAAAUAGGUAUGUGAUGCCUAUCAUUGCUGAUAUUCCUCCUAUAGCUGCUAGAGCUGCUCUCCAGUGGCUUUUUACUGUAUUUACCAAGGGCUGGAGAUCUGCGCCCUACUGUGCUCAAGUUCCUGCAAGUCUAAUGUGCAGUGGUGGUCGAGUGGAUAAGAGGUCAGCUUUAUGGGCGAACGAUUGCGUGAUCGAAUCCUGCUACUUGAAGUAUUUUUGCAUCGUGUUGAGAUCUGUGUCAUUUGCAUAACCACAAACAUUUUCGAAUAAAGCACC